CACGAUAAACUGAAAGAGAGGAGUAGAAACAUAACACAAACUAAGACAUAGGAAAGCAUAAUGGCUAGCCAGAUCGUAGGAACAAAGAAAGCUUGUGUCGUGGGUGGGACUGGAUUCAUUGCAUCUUUGCUAGUCAAGUUGUUGCUUGAGAAGGGUUACGCCGUCAACACUACCGUCAGGGACCCUGCCAACCAGAAGAAGAUCCCUCACCUUGUAGCACUUCAGAAGUUGGGAGACUUGAAAAUCUUUCCUGCAGAUUUAACUGAUGAAGGGAGUUUUGACGCCCCUGUUGCUUGUUGUGACCUCGUCUUCCAUGUUGCAACACCCGUUAAUUUUGCUUCUCAAGAUCCAGAGAAUGACAUGAUAAAACCGGCAAUCCAAGGAGUGCUGAACGUUUUGAAAGCUUGUGCCAAAGCAAAAACAGUUAAACGUGUCGUCUUGACAUCGUCAGCCGCGGCUGUCUCAAUCAAUGCCUUAGCCAAGACAGAUCUGAUCAUGACGGAGAAAGACUGGACCGAUACCGACUUCUUAUCAUCUGCAAAGCCACCAACUUGGGGGUACCCUGCAUCUAAGACGCUGGCUGAAAAGGCAGCUUGGAAAUUUGCGGAAGAAAACAACAUCGAUCUCAUUACAGUUAUCCCUUCUCUCAUGACCGGUCCUUCCCUCACCCCAGAUGUGCCCAGCAGUAUCAACCUUUCUACGGCUUUGAUUUCGGGCAAUGAGUUCCUCAUAAAUGGCUUGAAAGGUAUGCAGAUGCUGUCGGGUUCGAUCUCUAUCACGCAUGUGGAAGACGUAUGUCGAGCCCAUGUCUUUCUGGCUGAAAAAGAAUCCGCGUCGGGUCGAUAUAUAUGCUGUUCUUUCAAUUCCAGUGUGCCCGAACUCGCUAAGUUCCUCAACAAGAGAUACCCCGAGUUCAAAGUCCCUACUGAUUUCGGAGAUUUACCGUCCAAAGCCAAGUUGAGCAUUUCCUCGGAGAAGCUUAUUAAUGAAGGGUUCAGCUUUAAGUUUGGGAUCGAGGAAAUCUACGACCAAACUGUGGAAUAUUUGAAGGAGAAGGGGGUGCUCAAGUGAAGGGUUGUGAGAGUUCCCUACUGAUUGUGGUGUUUGGUGGCUCGAGAUCUAUGUUGUGUUUUGGUGAUGAUAUUGGAAUAACUUCGUGUCCUACAAAUUAAGCAAAUAUCGUAUCAUCUGUUUUUAUUA